AUGCCCCAGCUUCUCGCCCACGUCGCCGCAGACCAUCUCGGUGCGGCUUCCUUUGGCCCUUCAGACCAAGGUGCCAACCAUGCGUUCGUCGAGACCCCCAUGUCUGUCGGCCUGCCCACCCCGCAGACCCAGCAGCACACCCCGCUCAUGCGCAUGUCGUUUGACGGGUCGCUCCCGACGCCGACCCCGACAGCGCCACCGCCACAGCAGCAGCAGCAACAGGUGGCGCCUCCAUCCCACCCCACUCCUAGUGGCGAGCACCACGGUGACCUCUUCGCCUGUCUGUGGGAUGACUGCUUCCCACUCGAGUCGUUCAUGGAUGGUACUGCUCCUCAGGCAGCACAUGACCACUCGCACGCCGGCCACAACCACGCACAUGGUGGCCACAACCACAGCCACACCCACCCGGAGACAGGUGAGGCCUUGAGCCCCCAGACCAUGCUCCGCCACUUGCUCGAGGAGCACCUGGGUGUCCCGUCCGUGUUUGAGCAGCCAGCGCCGACCCCGGCCGCCCACGUCCAUGCUCAUGCGCACGCCCACCCUCACCCUCACCCCCACCCUCAUCCUCACCCACACACGCACGCCCACCACCAGCAUGGUCAGCCCGGCCGCCCGAAGCCGUACUCUCGUCCCAUGUCGAGGUCGCACUCGCAUGCGGCCCACCACCACGCCCAUGGAAAGGCGCACCACCACCACCAGGACAACAAGGCCAAGUUCCCCCUGUCGCCGUCGCCAACCCCGGCACCGAACGCCCACGUCUGCCUGUGGCCUGGCUGCACCCUCCGCGAGCCAAUGGCGUCUGCCGGUGACCUCAUGGAACACCUGUCCGAGGUCCACGUCGGUCGUGGUCGCGACAGCUACCGCUGCCUGUGGGAUGGCUGUGGUGGCUCUGAGGGCCGCCUUUUUAGCUCUCGCCAAAAGGUUCUUCGCCACCUCCAGAGCCACACUGGCCACCGCCCGUUCGUGUGCCAGGUGUGCGGCCAGAGCUUUUCCGAGGCUGCACCACUCGCCGCCCACAUGCGUCGUCACACCGACGACAAGCCCUUCGUGUGCGACUUCCCGGGAUGCAACAAGGCGUUUGCCAUCUCGAGCUCGCUCACCAUCCACAAGCGCACGCAUAAUGGGGAGAAGCCAUUCGUCUGUGCCCACUGCGGUAAAGGUUUCGUCGAGGCGAGCAACCUUACCAAGCACGUGCGCACGCAUACCGGCGAGAGGCCGUUUGCGUGCAACCACCCGGGAUGCGGACGCGCUUUCAGCCGUCCCGACCAGCUCAAGCGCCACAUGCUCGUUCACGAGGCUGGGCACAAGGGCCGCGGUGGCAAAAAGGCAGCCGCCGUUCCAAAGGUGGAACUCCAAGCUCCCAAGAUGGCGCUCCAGGCGGCUGUGUAA